GAGCUUGCGCAGAAGAGAGCGCUCAAGCGCAGGCAGAGACGGCAGCUGGCUGUCAGCAGCAGGGACAAGAGGAGCUGAGCGAGGAAAGAGAUAGGAGACAGAGACAGUCAAAAAUGGGAGAGCUGACAUGAAAUAACAGAAAGAAAACACAAAGGACGAAGGAACUGCCAGUCCUACAGCAACACUAGGUGUUACAAAAAGUGGGCUGGUCAAGGCAGAAAUGUCUUACAAAGACUUUCAGAAAGAACUCUAUAAUAUCAUUGAGAAGCUAUGGCUCAAGCUUCAGAGACUACCCAAGGCUGAACCUUUGGAGAUUGUGUCCUUUUUUGUUAUUGUCUUGUUCAUCGUCACAAUACUUUCAAUGAUGAUCAUAGCUUGCAGCUGUUGCUGUGCACAAUGCUGCAAUGGACGCCCUAAACCCAAAAGGAGGAGGAUCCAAGUUCAGCCAGCAGUCCAUGCAUAAGAAUGCAUUAAGAAAAGAAUGUGGAAGUUUGGCAGAAAUAAUAUGAGGAAACUGGUACAGGAAUAUCCUUAGAUGGAAGUUCACAAAACAAAGUAAAUGACAACACCAAGCAAUGAGGAGGGGGAGAGAGAGAGAACGAACCUUAACCUGGGUAGGUUUUAUGCCUGGCCACGGUUUGACACUGAUAAAGACAUGCACUUCACAGUAUUUGUCUCCUUGCCUAGUCAAGACAACGAAAAUAACACCAUCAUCAAGCCAGUGAGAUAAAAGGGCCAAAGCUGGCCAGGGUGGAAAUCCCAAAAUGAGCACAAAAAAACAGAGAAAAAUGCCAUGAACAAAUUAGCAUGGAUUAUAGAAGUUUUUACUUUGCUACUCAGGGGAGGUUCCAGAGAGAUGCUGAGUACUAGGACUUCCCACUGAACUCCAAGCUAUGUGCACGUACUCAGCAGAACAAGCUACACAUGAGCACUGAUUUCUCCUUGUUGCCAACUAUCUACAGCCAAGAAUGCCAGAGCAUGUGAUGCCCAACCAAGUCAUCCAUUCAAGAGAAACGAUGAUGCAGCCCUUGAAGCUGACACAUGAGAAACCACAAAGAAAAGCAGCAACAAAUCCCCUAACCCUCCUUUGCCUCCCUAAACAAAGGAAGGACAACUGCCAAAGAGAGCAAAUAUACUACUUGCACUAAUCCUUGUCUGUGACGGGAUAAAGGUGAAAAGAACCCAAAUCCCCACGACACUAUGCUGUUUGGUCGCCUGUCGUAAAAUGAAUAUAUUCCUUUUCUUUUUUUUUUAAAGAAAAAAGUGUUUUACUGUUUUCCUUUCCAUUUACAAACUUUGCUUUGUUUGCACAUUAAAAAUAAACUCUUUAGUACAAUGAAAGGAGAAUAAUUGAGCUACAGUUUAACUGUUGU